GAGGUUAAAAACUUACCCCCCAGAUUAAAUUUAAUUUGCAGAGUUAAAAAAUUAAAAAAAAAAAAAAAAGGAAAAAAGAAAAAAAAAAAAGGAAAAAAGAAAAAGGGAAAAUUGGAAGUGUUGUUUGGGGGAGAAGAAAGAGUGUGGUGGAGAGAUUGCAGUUCCGAUUUGAGUCUUCUUUUCUUUUUGUUUGUCAAUUAAAAUUGUGUAAUAUGUAGAGCUCAAGACAUGGUGCGUUCAUUUCUUCACUCAAUUCUCGAUUUGGGUGCUUCCUUUUCUGCAAUUCAUCCUCAUUAUUGGAUGGGGAAUACCCUUUUGCUGAAUUGAAUUAUGAGAACACGAAGAAGUGUUGAGAAGCAAUUUUUUUGGUAUCCUGCUCAUAGGUUUUCAGAGCCCAAACUUGAGUUUGCUGUUUGUUUUCUUGAAUUUCAUCCAACGGAUUUCAUCUCCCCGGCAGAGGCGUUUAGAACUUAAAGGUCAUAAUACAAUGAAUAAUGAGGAAGUGUCUAACACACCAAGGACAUCUGUGAAGAUCUCAUGGAAUCAUGGAGGAAAGCAAGUGGCUAUUGUUGGGUCUUGGGAUAAUUGGGAGACAAGUGAGGUCUUACAAAGCAUAGGAAAAGAAUUUAUUACUAUCAAGACACUUUCGUCGGGGAUCUACCAUUAUCGCUUCAUGGUUGAUGGAUGGUUGACAUGUGCUCCUGAUUUGCCAUGGGUUUGUGAUGAUGCAGGAAAUUCAUACAAUAUUCUGGACUUGAUGACACCUGCCUCAGAAUUGCCUGAAAGUCUUUCUGAGUUUGAAUUUCCUCCAUCCCCUCCAUCUAGUUAUGAUAACCAAUGCUUCAACGACGAUGAUUUCAGUAGGCCUCCACCGGAUCUACCGCCACAACUGCGAGAGACUGUUUUGAAUGAACCAUCUUGCUGCACAAGUGGGUCAUCAGUCCGGGUUGUGCAGCCCUCGACACACUGAAUUAAAUCAUUUAUACCAAAAUAAUGUUGGAGGUGAACUCCAUGGCACUUGGUUUCAACAUUCAAGUUUUAUGAAAAAUAUGUCACAAUGUUACUUUUCAAGCCCUUGCUGAAAAGAAAUUGAUAAGACUUUGGUCAACUGUCCCCCCCCCCCCCCCCCCCCCCCCCCCCCCCCCAAAUUUGUGGCCUACCCUUUUGUAUUUCAACCUCGUAGCUGGGAUUAAUUGAGCAAUGAUUAUUUAUGUGAAGAUUGUUAUACUAAUAGAUUGAAGAGAGCUUGAAAUAGAAUUCUUUUCCAUAUGUUUUAA